GAGUGCUCUGGAGUGUUACAAGAAAGCUUACACCUAUUCUCAAAAGGAUGAUGAUUUGGUUUCAGCGGCAAAGAACACCGGAAUUGUUUCUUGGAAGCUAGCUGAACUGAAGAUGAAUGCGUGUUCUGAUGAGCGAAAGGUGAUACACGCGUACUUUAAAGCGGCUCUGCAGCACUUUGGCACCGCUUACACAAAAAGGAACUGCAUGGUCGAAGAAUGGGGCAAACAUCUUGAGAGGUCUAUCAAGGAAUGUCUAGAUGACAUCAAAACAUGGAUCGCACCAAGAAAUGACGAAGAUCGGAUCACUGCUCUCAAGGAGUACGUAGGUUACAUGCCUGAAUGUGACGCUAAAGUCAGCUGCUAUCUUCGGAUCGCAAAUAUGUAUUUCAGAAAAGGAAAAGAUGCUCUGGAGCACCAGGAAUACAAGAGCUGCCAAGGAUACAUGGAUGAAUGUAGUACUACUCUGACUGAAGCAAAGAAAAGAUGUACAUGUUCGGAUUCAAGCUUCAAAGUAAACGUCACUGACCUGGAGAAAGACGUCCAGUACCAAAAAGAAGUCGUCCAGAAAUGUUUAUCAAAAGUAAAAGAUGGACAGGCACGUCGAAAAAAAGAAAAAAAGGAAGAUCUGGAGAAAAAGAUUGCAAAGGACCAACUGCAAGGCGAUCUGAAGAAAUUGGAAAGUCUCAGGAAGUUACCCGUUGACAAAUUCGUCGAACGAGUAUACAAACAGUGGCCUCCUAAAGGGAUCGAUGAGUCGAAGAUACCCUGUACAUCGUCAUCGUCAUCGUCGUCGUCGUCGAAGGGUUCAAAGAGGAAGCUACUGAUUCGUGCCAUUAGCCAUUAUCACCCUGACAAGGUGGAUAAGAGUGUUCAUGGUGUAAAAUGGCAUGUUUUUUCCGUCGAGAUUACAAAAUGUCUUACUCUUCUACUAGCUGAUUUUAAUACUUGAAUAAGUGCAGAAUAUCAUCACGUGCCAGCUUCUUUAUUGGAACCAUAAUAUACUAGAAGCACUACCGUAAGAAA